AUGGCCUCUCUCCUGCUACAUAUUCUUGACCGUCUCCGCAGAGAAAACCUACAUGGCCCAACGUCACCAUACCCAGCAACACGUCCUGCGCUUCGCAAACCGCAUCAGCAUUCUGUAGACUCACCAGACCACGACUCUUGGGUGCUCCUCGAUGAGGAAUUCGGUGACCUAGAUGCGAAGGACCCUAGAUGGUUUGAACUAUUUGUAGAGUUUUUUGUGGAAGGGGGCGCCGAAGGAAAUGAUGAUCUGCUAUUCUUUGUUCGCCAAGGUGGAAGUGGACCCGAAACUACAUCUGCAGAUCAACAGCAACAGGAUCCAAUAUUUGUGAGACGAAAGGUGGCAAAUACUAUGCCAUCACUCGGUGACCUUGUAGAUUGGAAGCAAACCUUUUUUCUAAACCUUAUUGUGCAACUACCCUGCACCCUUACGGUCGCUGUGUGUAAACGGGGAGCGAGUGGAGAGAGGAAGCGAAGCUUGUUGGCGGGUGAAGAAAGGAUUGUGGUUGUAGGCGCAAACUCCAGUGGCUCAGGUGACAGUCCAGCUACAGACGCCACCACGCCGAGUCCGGUUGGAGGUGGGCUCGUUGUAGAUGCAGAAAGUCCAGCAACUCCCAGUUCCCCAUCUCCAAAAUCCAAACCAAAGAUGAUUGCGAUUCAGCGAAUUCCAAAAACUGUUUACGCGGCGCCGUACAAAUCUCGUAUGGACGUAAAGGACGCCUUCAUGAACGAAUGCUCCUACCCCCUCGUGUACUACACUGUCAACGACUACGAAUCUCACGACCUGCACCUUUCUAUCCGUGAAAAGGAAUACUUGUGCGUGGAACUAUCUGUCAUUAUACCCGACGAGUCAAAGAGUGAUAGAGUCCGCAAAUGGACGACAACAUCUGGCGCGGAGGCUGUCGCCGCGAUAUCGUUGGACGAUGAUUCUGCACCAUUUCCAGUCCCGCGGGGAUGUGCAAAGAUUGUUCUGUUUCAAGGGGCCGUACCAUACACUUCUCUGCUAGAUAUAUAUCAGCAGAAAGGCCUUGCAGCUCGAAACCAAUUACGCUUGAGCUGGAAGAAACUGACGGAUGGAGGUAUUCAAGGCCGGAAAGGUAACGAUUCACCUCCGCCAGAACGAACCGAAUACAUCAUGAUGCGGGGACCUCACGGGAAAGGCCAAUGCCAAGUUGCUAUUAAAGACGACCUACCACCCCCUAACAUUGAGACCGAAGGGUCCUCAUCGUCCUCGUCACGAAAACCUUCGUCAUUGACAGAUAAGCUGUUCAAAAUGGGCAGCGCCGUAAGAACACAGCUCGUUGCUGCUGCUGCGGCGAGUGUGUUGGGUGUGGAUAGUGUUGGAAGCGAUGCAGAAAAAUUGAAGAAACCGGAGAGUUUGAGAUGUUCCAUGACAUAUGUAAAUGUUCCAUGGCAGUCUAUUAUCAGCGAUUUAGCAGAUCAUGCUAGCCGGCGGAGUGACAAGCGAUAG